AAGGAUAGUUAUUUAUCUUUAAUUCUAAUUUAAUUCGUACAACUUCUAUUUAAUCUUAUGUAUCUCCUUUUAUACUCAGGUAAGGUAUUCUGAAUAUAGGUCUAUUGUAGCACUGCCAGAAUAUGCUGUUGAAUCCAAGAAAAAUGCCAUAACCAUUAUAAGUGCUUCGCCUACACAUAAAUGUUGGAUCAAUUCCAUACAGUGUUACUAUAAGCACAUAAUUUAUGGGUAAUACCAAUAUUUUCUAGUUCACAAAAGAAAGAAUUGUAAGAGGAAGCCAUGA